CUUGCAAAAAAUAUAAUUUUAUUUCUAUAAUUAUCUUAAUUUGUUCUUAUUAUUGACCACUUAUAUUUCUUUCUUUCUAUUUCCACGGACAAAGCUUAAUUAACUACGUUAUUAAUUAAUUUUAAUGUACUUUUUUAAUUAUUUAAUGUGCUUAAUUUACUAUAAUCGCGUUACGCCUACAAAAAGCACGCAAUGCUAUACAAGUCACAUUCUUUAUUCCGUAUGCAGCACCAGAGAAAAAAUUUACGGCGUACACGAUUGUUAAAGUGUUUUGCUUUAAGAAAAAAUCCAUCAUUUUUUCUAGAAAAUAUUUUAUAUUGCAAAAAUCUAUAACAUGUAAUCUGCGAAACGUGUCGAUUAGAAGAUAAGAAACGAAAAUGGAGGCAGAGAUCCAUGUACAAGUAAAGAACAACUCACCGUCGAUAGAAGUGAAAAUGGAAGAAGAGAUCCAUGCAGAAGUGAAAGAUUCGCCGUCAAUAGAACGCAUCUUACGUCCAAUAUCGUAUACUUCUUGGCUUCUGGGCAUCGGUGUUGCACAUCCGCGAAAAUGUCCCAAGGCUAUAACAAUAAUCAUACGUAUAAUUUACAUGACUGUAUGUUCCAUUGGAAUGAUAUAUGAGGCAAAAUCAUUACUUUCUUCCACUUAUGAGUUUGACAUAAACGAUUACUUGGUGAACUUACGUGAAGUAAUGGAUUACGUAUUAGCCUAUUAUUACAUUUGUUACGGAAUCAGACAGUACAACAAGUGGCCGGAGCUGAUGGACAGAUUGAAAGAACUCGAUCAGAAGAUCAAGAAGGAAAUAUCCAUGAAUGACAAGUCUAUAAAAAUUGUCGCGGCACUAGCAGUUUUCGCGACUAUUUUCUGUUUGAUCAUUCCCGUAGUGUUUUAUUACAUUUAUUAUAUUAUUUAUUAUAAUUCAUUUGCACCAGCAGACUUCAUGGUUUUCGUAGUGCUUCCAAACGUGAUAGUAGCUCAGUCGUUAAUUAACAGUUUUGUCUUCGACGUUGUUGUCUAUGUGUUAUAUUGCAGAUUUCAAACGAUAAAUAAAUUGAUAGGCCAGUUGGAUAAGUUAUCCGAUGUGCUCGCAUUCAAGAUUAGACACAUUAGGGAAUUGCAUGCCGAUAUUUGUGAAAUGGUCAGCAUAAUAAACAAUAUUUACAGUCUUCCUCUCCUUUUCUGCUCGAUGUACUGUUUUAUCACGUCUGUGACUGUAUUAUUCGAACUUUACUACGCUUUCAACAAAAAGGAAACAGAUUACAUGAUAUACAACGCCAAAAAGUUCUAUUCUUACAUUGAUUCGUUGGACAUGGCUGACUGCAUGCAGUGCCUAAAAAGAGCAAUGGCUUACGUAUCAGCUUAUUACUACAUUUAUCACGGAAUCAGACAGGACAACGAGUGGCCAAAGUUGAUGGACGAAUUGAAGGAAUUCGAUCAGAAGAUCAAGAAGGAAAUGUCAAUGAAUGACCAGCCUAUAAAAAUUGUCGAGGCGCUAGCAAUUUUUGCGACCAUCUUCUAUAUGAUUAUUCCUCUUUUGGAUAAGUCAUCUGAUGCGCUUGCAUUCAAGAUUAGACGCAUCAGAGAAUUGCAUAGCGAUAUUUGUGAUCUCGCCAGGAAAGUAAACGAUAUUUACAGUCUUCAUCUCCUCUUUUGCUCGGCGAAUUCCUUCACCAUGGCUGUUGCUUCAUUAUUCCAAUUUUACAGUCUUUUGGAGUUCCGUUCGUUAUACUUGCUUUCAUCGCUAAAGAGUUUUCUUUGCAUUGUAUUUAUCACAAAAUUCUAUUUGACUUGUUGGAUUUGCACGCUCACACGUGAAGAAUCCGAUAGGACUGGGAGAAUCAUAUACGAAAUUAUAUUGAAAUAUCAACCUGUGAAUAUUGAUAAACACGAGGCGAGUAAUAUAUCAAGGCUAGAAGUGCGACCUCCAAUGGAAAAUUUGGACGGCGAGCAAUGUUCUAAUUGGGGCAACAGUGACAAUCUGAGUUACGUUGAUAUGGACAAUCUCUUGCGUAGAAAUCUCGAUCGAGACAAUAUCGAGUAA